AUUUAAAUGCUGUAAAUGCAGCGCCAUAGCAAAGCAAGUGUCGCCAAAAGCGGAAACGGCAAGCUGGAGACGCACUAUAUGGCCAAAAUGGGAAAGUGGAUAACCCCCGAAGAGGAGGCACGCCAAAAGUUCAUCAUGCGGGAACGGGAUCGCGAGCGGAGUACCGCCGAGUACCGCCAGAUGGAGGGAGAGCGGCACCGAUUCCGCAAGCAGACGCCAAGGCCCAGUUUGAUGACACCCGAGGAGGAGGCGCGCCACAAGUGCAUCAUGCACGAGCGGGAUCGGGAAAGAAAGCGCAUGAAGCGCAUGAAUCCCGAAUAUCGGCGAAUGGAGCGCGAACGCAACCGAUUUCGCAAGAAGUUGACCCCCGAGGAGGAGCUGCGGCUGAAGAUGAUACAGCGGGAGAGGGAUCGCGAGAGGAAGCGUAUCAAGCGCAUGAAUCCCGAGUACCGGCGGCUGGAGCAGGAGCGCGAUCGGGACAGAAAAAAGGCGCGGAGGGCGAACGAGGCCUUCCGGCAGCUCGAGAAGCUGCGUGACAAGAUACGCAAGGACCGCAAGAAGGGACUCCUGGUGACCGAUCCCUCACAGCUCCCGCCCGCAUUCGCGGCCACACUACCGCCAGUGCCUGUUGUCAAGCCCGAGGUUGGUCUACCGCCAACCUCCCAGGGCCAGCAACAACAACAACAGCAGCCGCGGUCGUUCGCGCACCCCGCCUUGCCCAUCACCAGCGACACGCUGAUGCCGCAACUGUGCCACCCCAUUCUCCACCCGAACGGCAUCAAGCAGGAGUACGGCCAAGAUGUGUCCGCCUCGGCCAUGGCCGCUGCCCAGGCGGCUGCUCUGGCAUCGCUACGGGGCCAGCAGCACGCGUAGGACGAUCAGGAUCAGGAUAUGGCUCUCAACCUGGAGCCGGAGAUCAUACUGCAGACAGCGCCCGAUGUGAAUCCCGCCCAGCCACAGCAGCACCACUUCACUGCCCACCAGCAGCAGCAGCAGCAGCAGCACUGCAACAUGUUCCAGCACAUGGCAUCGCAGGCCCAUAUGCGGCACAUGCGAUCGGCGGCGCUACCUCCGCCGCCACCCUCUGUGGCACUGCCGUCACCGCCACCACCAGCCACACAUCAGCAGCCACCGCCUCAACAGUUGCAGCAUCCGCAGCAGUGAAAGAUUCUCGCCUUUAGUCUUUAAGCUCAACGCUAGCCAGCUAAUCACAUUUCACACGUUCAUGUGCGCCUACAGUGGGUCUGGAAAGUGCCUCCACACCGGAAAAAUGUUCAACGCAAUGCCCACUGUGCUUAGAGUUGUGAUUA